UUUCUUAGUGCCAUACAAUCAUUAUAUGAAAAUACGAGAAGUUCUGUCAGGAUCAAUAAUAGGCUAACUGAGUGGUUUGAAACAAAUUCCGGUGUGAAACAAGGUUGUCUCAUGUCCCCUAGCCUUUUUUCUAUAUACAUCAACGACCUGGUAGAGGUCAUUAAUGCAGCAAAUUGUGGAGUAACAGUAGACAAUAGGACUAUCUCAAUUAUGCUAUAUGCUGAUGACAUAGUGUUAAUAACCCCUGAUGAAACUUCUAUGGAUAAAUUAUUAUCAGUGUUAAAUGAAUGGUGUGAAAAAUGGCAGAUCUCCCUGAACCCCCAAAAGACUAAAAUUGUUCACUUCCGUACCCCUAGUAAACCCCAAUCUACCCAUAAGUUUACAUGCGGUCCGGAGAUAAUUGAAACAUGUGACUGUUAUAGAUACUUCGGUUUAUGGUUUAAUGAACGUCUAGACAUGAAUAAAACGGUUAAAGAACUGUCAAAGUCAGCAAGCAGAGCUUUAGGGGUUCUGUGUAUAAAAUUUAAGAUACUAGGAGGAAUGACAUUUAAAGUGUUCUCUAAGUUAUAUGCAUCCCUUGUAGAACCAAUCCUAUUUUAUUGUGCUGGUAUAUGGGGCACCAAGUCCUACUCCUGCGUCAAUAAUAUUCAAAAUAAAGCCAUCAAGUUCUUUCUUGGGGUUGGGAAGACCACUUCAAACCUAGCAACUAGGGGGGAUGUUGGUUGGACCUCCUGCGAAACCAAGCAAAAAGUUGAAUGUAUUAGACAAUUAUGUAAAUUACACCGUUUAGACUCAAAUCGAUAUCUUAGUUCAUACUUUAAUUACCUAAUGAUUCACAAAACUAGAAAUUCAUGGUAUACAAAGGUAACAAAAUUUGUAGAAUCAAUUAAUUUAGGAGAAUUGAUAAAAUUUAAUAUAAAUUCUGUCAAAUAUGCUGUAAAUGAAGCUAAACUCAGAUUUGAUGAACUUGACUCCCUUAACUGGUCAAAUGAUAUGUAUAAUGAUAAAAACAAUGUUAAUGGAAAUAAACUCAGAACCUAUAGACAAUUUAAACACAUCCGAAUAACCGAAUCUUAUGUAACAAACCCUAAGAUAACUCGUCACCAACGACGGUUAAUCAGUCAGACCCGUAGUGGCUCGUUACCAAUUGCUAUAGAAACGGGUCGUUACAGUAAACCUCCCAUACUGUUAGAAAAUCGGCUAUGUAAUUAUUGUGACCAGAAAGAAAUUGAAAAUGAAUUCCAUGUGAUAAUGAAAUGUAAAGCAUAUAAUGAUAUCAGACGUGAAAUCCUUGCAGACUUUGUAAACAAUACAAGUCCAAAUUAUGAUGAAUAUUCAUAUGAGCUCUUUUUGAUGAUCAUGUCCGAUGACUACGCACAAACAAGUUUAGGUAAAUUUCUAGAACAGAUGUAUUACAAACGAAAACAGCUCUCCGUCUAACCGUAAACAUUUCCCCAUACCGUAUUCUAUGAUAUAUUUGUCUUUGAUUUUGUUUUAUAAUAAGCGAUUCUUCGUGUCAACAUACCCUGGUUGU